AUGAAUAAGAAGCAGGCGCAGUGUGCAUGGCAGCAGGAACAGCCUAUGAAGGCUCUCUGGGUGUACACACCAUAUGAUUACCAUAAGUACUGGUUCUAUCCUAGGCCUGCGUUGAUGGGUAAAUGGAUACACGUGCUUGGUGAUUCGCUAGAUGAAGGCUAUCUUUUUGACAUCUUGACGUACGCACUUAAGCAGCAAUAUAGCGAAACCCCAGUCACUGCCGACGUCACGCUACCAGGCUGGGAUUGGAGCGACCAGCAUCCACUACGAAUUUUCCAUUUCAAGAAGCUUCGCUUCACAAUGACCUUUCAAAAGCUUACUCGACCACGAAUAGACGGUUUCCAUUUCUAUGAGGACCCCCAGGAGUAUGCAGGUCGAGAAUGGCCCGGAAGUGCCGGUAUACACAACAUGUGGCAAGAGGCGCGUAUAGUACUCCCCGUAGGGCAUCAGCCACGUCCCACGCUGGCGGUGUUUCAUUUUGCCUUACAUUCACUCAGUAGAGGAAGACACAACACGUGGAUUCUAACCCAGUACCGUUUGUUUUUGCUGUAUCAGCUCGUAUAUUGGUGGAAGAGCAACCAAGAGUAUGGCGAUGUCCCAUUGGUGUGGAGAGGCUCGUCUGUGACGCACUUCCACGACAGAGAGGACUACCUGUACCAGAAACACAGGUGUCUAACUCGCUAUAGACUGCUGGAACGGGACCGCAUUGCAAAGGUACGUGCUAAUAGGUUCGCAAAGGUACGUGCUAAUAGGUUCGCAAAGACCGUCAUGAGAGAAACCAACACACCGGUAUUGGACAUGUGGAGUGUGACCGAUGGCCGUCCAAGUGCCUCGUGGGAUAGACGCCACUUCUCUGACCGUGGCGACUGUUACGGUACUAAAGUAGAGAGAUCGAUGGUUUCAGUGUUAUUAAGUCACCUGUGUAUCAUGAGCUCGAGAAAAAUUGGAGGGAUGAGCUAG